GGGGGCGGGGCAUCGAGGGAAGCCCGCCCCCGCCCCGCGCGCCCUGGUUUUCCAGGGCCCACUUCCGGCCGCGGCCCGGAAGUGCUCGGGGGCGGCGGCGGCGGCGGCGGGCGGCCGAUGGCGGGGGGCGGUGGAGGCUGAGGGGAGCUGAGGUCUCCGAAAUAGAGUUGUUACGGUUACCCAGGGCACGGAUGGCUGAAGGCGUCAACCCCCGUUGCUAGCUGCAGGGCAGCACGGUUUUUUUCCAUCAUGUGACCAGAGAACACCUGCACAGCAAGUCCCAUCAUUUUCCAAAGAAUGAGCACAUGUCGAUGGUGUACGCCGAGUGGUCCCGAUGCCACUGAGUACCUGAAGUGCUAUGCUUCUGGACGGCUGUCCCCGGAAGAUCUUGAAGGAUCCAACGAUGACCUCUGUUACUGCUUGGAGUGUGUGGUUGAAUACCACAAAGCAAGGGAGAAAUUGCCAAGCUUGCACGAGGUUUUGUGGGAAUUGGAAACCUCCCGUCUCAUAGCCCACAUAGGAAAAUCCAUGAAAGAAGAAGCUGGAGAAGAUGAUGAGUUAUUUAUAGUGGAUGAGAAUGGAGAGACACAGCUGUCUGGUUACGUAGGUCCAGAUUUUGAGAAUAACCUGCGAGUGCCCCUUCUAGAAAUACUGAAAUACCCGUAUCUGCUGCUGCAUGAGAAAGUCAGUGAGCUUUGUGUAGAAGUGCUCUGUAGAAUGGAACGUAGUCACGACUCCUUUCAGGUCUUUGAAAAAUAUCCAGGAAUUUAUCUCUUUUUGGUACACCCGAAUGAAGUGAUUCGUCGAUGGGCCAUUCUAACUGCAAGGAAUUUAGGGAAGGUUGACAGGGAUGACUACUAUGACUUACAGGAAGUGUUGGCUUGCUUGUUUAAAGUCAUUGAAUUGGGGCUUUUUGAAAGUCCAGAUAUUUACAGCUCUUCAAUGAUUGAAAAGGGUAAACUCAUCCUUCUGCCAGCUCAUUUAUAUGAUACUACCAACUACAAGAACUAUUGGCUAGGGAUUUGUAUGUUGCUCACGGUGCUGGAAGAACAAGCUAUGGACUCCUUGUUGCUGGGCCCAGACAAACAGAAUGAUUUCAUGCAGUCAAUACUUCACACCAUGGAGAAAGAAGCAGAUGAUGAUUCUACUGACCCCUUCUGGCCAGCGCUGCAUUGUUUCAUGGUUAUUUUGGAUCAGCUCGGAUCUAAAGUAUGGGGUCAGCUUAUUGAUCCUGUCCAAGCCUUUCAAACCAUUAUCAACAGUGUGAGCUACAACAACGAAAUAAAAAAUAUACGCAAUAGCUUUAAGAGGACAAAACCUGAACCGGAGCCAGACUACGAUGAUGAAAUGGUUACUUGCAGUCAGAUUGUAUAUAAUUAUAACACAGAAAAGCCUCAAAAGGACACUGGGUGGAAAACUGCUAUUUGUCCAGACUACUGCCCUAAUAUGUAUGAAGAUAUGCAAACACUGGCUAGCGUGCUUCAGUCUGAUAUUGGCAGAGAUAUGCGUGUUCAUCACAGCACAUUUCUGUGGUUCAUCCCAUUUGUUCAGUCACUUAUGGAUCUCAAGGACUUGGGUGUAGCAUACAUAGUAGAGGUCAUUCACUACCUCUGCUCGGAAAUCAAAGAUAUUCUCAAUGAAAGAAUCCGGCAGUGUGACAAAGUCUCUGAAUUUUUUCUCUUGAUCCUGGUGUCAAUUAUUGAACUGCACAGAAAUAAAAAGUGCCUGCAUUUGCUGUGGAUUAGCUCACAAGAAUGGGUGGAAGCAGUGGUGAGAUGUGCUAAGCUUCCAGCAAUAGCAUUUACACGGUGCACUGAAAAAACAUCUGGAAACCACGCGAGAAGUCCAUCUUUACAGGCUUCUAACUCUGUGCAGCACGCUUGCAUACAGUUGAUACGCAGCCUUCUUAGAGAAGGCUAUCAAAUCGGUCAGCAUGCUCUUUGCAAGAAAUACCUAGACAAACUCAAUCUCCUUCUGCGAGGAAAUCUAUCUUUAGGUUGGCAGCUGAACAUCCAAGAAACUCAGGAAUUACAAAUGUGUUUAAAGCAGGUUAUAAGAAGUAUGAAGGGCAGAGCGUUAAAUGCCUCUGUACCUGUGGAAAACAAUGCAAACUCUACAACUUUGCCUCCUGUUUCUGUGAAGCAAGAGAAGUCUGUACCUGGUGAUGGAUAUAAGAUGGGUGUACAUGGCAGAGAUGGCCUUUGUUCACCAUUUGCCUUCAUGGCGAAGGAAGGUGGGGAUGAAGAUUGUCAAGAGAACUCUUUCACUAGAAGAAAUAGUGCAUGGGAAGAGGAAUGUAAAGAUGCACCUAAAAAUUCAAGAUCUUGGACAUCCAUGAACUGCCUGUCGGUGAAUAUUAAAAAGGAACCUAAUGACAUGACACCUCAGGAAUGCAAACAGAACUCUUUCACAAUAGAAAUGUAUGGGAAAGUUAAGGAAAAUAGGAACAAUGAUCUUGUGUCAGGGAACUGUGGUAUGGAUAAUCAGUGUUUUAAUCCAAAUGCCCGGUGUUCAGAUUUCAGAAGACGUGGAGAGUUGGAAAACAAAUGUGAAGCAGAACCUGUUGUAACACCAAUGCGUCUGUCUGCUCAAACUAGUGUUGGUUCUCCGGAAUGCCUUUACAGUUCAGAUGUAAAGGAGAAAAAUGUGUCUCUUGGUUCCUCAUCAAAGUUUAAAGUAGAUGCACAUAGGCUUAGGAGUUUGAAAAUGAAGGUACAGAAAACUGAAUGGCCUCCAGGACUACUGCCUCUAAUGGCGCCACAUGAUUUGAAAAGCUGCAGUUCAGCAACAAGCGCAGCGGAAGCAGACCAACGUGUAUGUUGCACUGGUGGUCUAUGCACCAGAAAAGAUUGUUUUAAACAUCAGGGAGUGAAUACCAUGUAUGAAGAUGGAAAAUCAGCAGAUAAUUCAAGGAGUUUUGAAAGUAUGCAGGAGGAAAGUGCUUUUCAAUACAGAAAGGUUCCUGUUAAACAGGAAACAAAAGAGAUGCCAUUAGACUGCCUCAGCUCCUCUAAAAAUGAGCCUGGCUUGCAAGAAAACAAAAGUGUCGAUGUUUUGCUUUCAGGGAUUAGUGACACCUUACUGCAAAAAGUAACCACUCAAGAACAAUCAAGUUCAUUUUUGACAUCUGUGUUUAAGAAAGACCCUACCAUGCAAACUUCAGACCAGGGACAGGCUAACUUAGGUGACUUAGUUAACUAUGACAGCAAUGGUCAAAUUUCAAAGACGUGCUGUAAAGGUAAAAAUUUGGCAAGUGGUCAUGUGCCAUCUAGCUCUGAAAAUAAGGGGGAUGUAUCCAACACUCCUCUGAUCAGUCCACUAACAAAGAGUGAAUCAAGUGACAAGUUGUUAGUAUUUUCAAAAUAUUUCAAGAGAGACAGCGAUUCAGUGGGGAAGAAGGAGAAGGAUUUUGCGAGGAUGGUUUCUGAAGAUACUUUAACAGACUCACAGCUUGAUACAGAUCUUAGUAAAUUAUCUUUAGCUGCAUAUGCAAAAGGUGUCAAUUUUCCCUUCGAUUCAAGUCAAGAAAGCUCAGUACAUCAUAAUGUAUGUGAUAUUAAAAGGAAAGUGAAAGGUGCUGUAAGGUCUUCCAACGAUGCCCAGAGUAACAAGUCUCCCUGUGAUGCAGAUUGCCUUGACAAUGAAGUCAUUAUAAUUUCAGACUCUUCUGAUGAAGAAAAAGGUGUCACUGUCCAAGAGGAAACAAAAACAAAGAAUGAAAAUGUGUGUCCUGAAAAACAGCCUUUAACAGAAGUGCAGCGUGAUAUUAAAGAUAACACAUUAGAAUCGAAGAUGCCAAGCUCUCCCUUGCCACUUGAAGACUGUGACUCUCAGUACUUUGAGUUUGAAACAGAAGCUGAUGUCUUUUCAGUUUGGCACGAUACUCAAGCAUAUAGCAUGGAAGAAACUCAAGAGUAUAAACACGACUGUGCUUCAUCAUCAGUUGAUAAUAGUCAUUCAGAUAGCUCACUGAAGGAUCACACAAAUGAAUGGGGUUAUGAUACAGAUUACAUAAGUGAUGAUGAUAUGGAACAAGCAGACUCGACAGAAAAGCAGAUAAAUAAUAUUUCUUGUCAGAAAGAAGCUGAUAAUACAGAAGAAGUAGCUAAUUCACCAUUGCAAGAAUCUUCUAGUAAAGGAGAUGCAAAAGAUCAACUGGAGAAUUUUACAGACAAAAGCACUGUUGAUAAAGACUUUGGUCUGAAUGCAGAAUCGACUGAACCCAGAGCAUCUACUUCUAACAUCACUUUAGCUUCGAAGUUGGCACUUAAGAAAAAUACUGUGAGCCCACGUAAGAAUACAGCAAAAUCUAAGGUGGCAAGAACCAUCCAAAGAAGUCCUAAAACAAUGGUUUUUAAAGCAGCACAAACUAAAAAACUGCUUCAAACUACAUCAAAAAAUGCUCAACCUGGCAGGACGUUACCAGCUGUGGUUCCUCCAAAGAAAGUUCGUCAGUGUCCUGCACCAACGUCAACUGUAGAAAAACUUGGGCUGAAAAAGGCACCCCGCAAAGCAUUUGAAUUAUCCCAGCGCUCUUUAGAGAGUCUAGCUCAAUUGCGUAGCUAUGGUAAAGCUGCAGGGAAAGUUGGAAUUGCAAUGAAACAGAAGGUUAAACUAAUUGCACCUCAGAGUUUGUCUAUAAAAAAUAACAAAAAAAUGCUAGCCUGCCAAGAUCUUCAGUUCUUAAGGCAGACAAGGCCCAACAAAAAUGUUAGAGUGAAAAAUUUUGCCAGAAGUUCUGAGAGUAGAAGCAAAAAGGUUAGCACAAUGGAUACAAAGUCUGUGAAACAAAAGGCUAAUUUUUUUGAUGGGGCAUCUGUUGGAGGAGCUGUUGGAAAGCAAAGAGAGAAAAAAAUGGAGCAGACCUAUUGUCCCUCUGCCAGUGAAAAAGAACAAAUCAAAAGUGUCUCUGGGAAGAAGGAGGCUGUGCAAACCACGCAUCUCUCUAAAAUGCCUAGUUCUUCAGACUCAAACAGAAAAACAAAGGAGAGCAAUGUGGUGGUUCCUCCGGUACCUAUGGUUUCAAGUCUGCGUUCUGCUGCAGCUGUUGGAGAUAAAGAUAGCUCUUCAGAAAGAGGUUGCGUUGUCCAGCCUGAGUUUGAGAUGGUAACAUCAAAUGAAAACGGAUGUAAACCAAGUGAAAACAAUGAGGAGGAGGAGGAUGAUUUAUUUUUAACUCAGUUAGAUCCUGUGGAUAUGGAAUUGUGUUCCCAGGAGGAAAAUUUUGAAGAUACUUCUAUUGCUAGUAAAAAAACAGAGGAAAUGGAAGUAGAAACUGCUGAAAAGCUUCAGCAGAAUGAACCCUUGACUAUUGUGAAAUGUAAAUACAAAGACUGUAUGGAAAAAGUGGAAAAAACAGGAGAGUACUGUAGUAAGCAUUCAUCCACCAAUUCAGAAUCAGAUCACUUGUUUGCCAAGCCGCCUGCCCUGCCACCUUCUAAAACAAGAAAGCCUUCCACUACCAAAAUUUUCAGUUCAGUAAGUUCUUCGCGGAAUGCAGCCUUCAGCAAGGAUCUCGAAGAUGUUAAAAAACAACCACCAACACCAAAAAACAAAGUGAACACAGCAAAACCUGUGGUAAGACCACCAAAUGUAAAGGCUCUACCAACAGGAAAUCAAACAUACAAGACUCCAAGUUCCAGUAAUGUUCCUCAACCCUGUGUUUCUAGAAAUGUUCUCCAGUCACGAAAUGUACAUAUCAACAAUGCUUCAAAUAUGUCUAGAAGGCCUGUCCGAGAAGAAUAUUCUUCCUUUCUUGGUGCUCAGCAACGUGAUCACAGUAUUUUUGUUAAGGAAGUCUUAAAGUGGACUUACGAAAUGUUUGUGAACUCCAGCCAGUUUGGACCUCCAAGUAAUCUCCUGCAAUCUGUAGUGGCCUCUGUUCCUAUCAGAUUUCAGGGAUACAAUGACUACUUUAAUACGUUUUUCCCCUUGAUGAUGCUAAAUGCCUUUGAAACACUGGCACACGAGUGGGUAGAAAACCAGAAGACAAGAGAGAAGAGUUACUACUUCCACUUACAGAACUUCUGUGCGGACUUGAAUACGGCAGAUUUUAUAGCUCAUUUUCGAGAAAGUGAUUUGGCAAAGCAGCUUCAUCCAAAGGAGGAUGACUUAAUCUUUUUGGUGGUCCAAAAGAGCAAAGACGCCUUUGGGGAAGACGGCGAGAUGGAGGAGCAUCUAGUGAAUCACGUUGGUCUUGUGACACGAUUUUCCCGUGCUGGCUGUUUAACUAGACAAAAGGAACAGCAUACUGUCUGUCAUCUUUCUGUGCAAACUCGAGGCAAUUUGUCGUUCUUCAUAAAUAAACAAGUGAAGUGCGUAGUGGUCGGCUCCCUAGUGACUGCACAACGAACAUUCAAAGGUCUACUACUACUGAGCAGGAGUCCCCUGGCUAAACCAAUCAUAAAUCCAAGUUACAAUGAUUUCUGUCCAAGAGACUUGCCUGUAGCUUCGGAAAGUGCUGCGUUUUAUAUGAAUGAAUACAAUGAAGAUCAAAAGAGAGCCAUUGAGACAGCUUAUGCCAUGGUAAAGCAACAUCCCGGGCUUCCCAAGAUCUGCCUCAUUCAUGGACCACCUGGAACUGGGAAAUCAAAAACCAUAGUUGGACUUCUGUCUCGUGUCUUGAGAGGGAACACUAGGAAUGAGAAAACUACUCAAAAAACAAGUUCCAAGAUCAAGCCAAACCGUUUUCUAGUUUGUGCACCAUCCAAUGCUGCAGUUGAUGAACUCAUGAAAAAGAUCAUCGUUGCAUUUAAGGAAAAAUGCCAAAACAGACAAGAGCCUUUGGGAAACUGUGGUGAUAUCAAAUUAGUGCGACUGGGUGCCGAAAAAUCGAUCAACAGUGAAGUCCGGGGUUUUAGCCUGGACAAGCAAGUUGAACACAGAAUGAAACGAAAGCCAGGUGACCGUGACCAGGAUAUUCAGAAGAAAAAAGCAGCUCUGGAUCAAAAGCUGGACACGCUGUCUCGUCAGCGUGCCAUGCACAGAUGUGAAAAGAGAGAGAAUCAAAUGAUAGAUGAUGAAAUUGGCAGGCUUUCAAAGGAGAGACAACAGCUUGCUUCUCAACUAAAGGAGGUUCGGGGACACUCUCAGAAAGUACAGGCAGAUAUCAUCUUGGAGUCCGACAUAAUCUGCUGCACGCUGAGCACAAGCGGAGGAAAUCUCAUGGAGUAUGCUUUUUGGCGGCAAGGACUUGAUCCUUUCAGCUGUGUCAUCGUGGAUGAGGCAGGGCAGUCCUGUGAGGUUGAAACGCUGAUUCCACUGAUUCAUCGCUGUAAUAAACUCGUCCUUGUUGGAGAUCCCAGACAGCUCCCUCCUACUGUAAAAUCAGUAAAAGCUCAAGAUUAUGGCUACGACCAGUCCUUGAUGGCACGCCUGCACAGACACCUGGAAGAGCAAGUGCAGAAGAAUGUUUUACGAAGUCUGCCAGUUGUGCAGCUGACUGUGCAGUACAGGAUGCACCCUGACAUCUGCCUUUUCCCAUCCAAUUAUGUUUAUGGAAGGGCUCUAAAGACAGACAAAGCAACAGAAGAGAACAGAUGUUCUUCAGACUGGCCAUUCCAGCCCUAUCUUGUUUUUGAUGUAGGAGAUGGUCGUGAGGAGCGAGACAAUGAGUCUUUUAGUAAUCCCCAGGAAGUGAAGCUGGUGAUAGAAUUAAUUAAAACAAUUAAAGAAAAACGGAAGGAUCUGGGUCUUCGUCGCAUUGGAAUAAUUACCCCUUACAGCGCACAGAAGAAGAAAAUUCAAGAAGAACUGGACAGAGUGUUUAAGAAUAACAGCCCAGGAGAAGUAGAUACAGUGGAUGCAUUCCAGGGACGAGAGAAAGACUGCAUCAUAGUGACGUGUGUCCGGGCAAACAGCGCUAGAGGAUCAAUUGGGUUUCUGGCAAGUCUUCAGCGUCUGAAUGUUACAAUUACCCGAGCUAGAUUCAGCCUCUUCAUCCUUGGAAGACUGAAAACGCUCAUGGAAAAUAAAGACUGGAAUGAGUUGAUUCAGGAUGCUCAGAGGAGAGGUGCUAUUAUCAAGACGUCAGACAAAAGCUACAAGAAAGAUGCUGUUAAGAUUCUGAAGCUCAAACCAACAGCACAGAAGUGGGGUGCUGGGCAGCCGCCCACCAAAGCAGAGGCAAAGAAGGCUCCUCCAGCACAGGCUUGUUCUUCCGGCAGCAAGAGGGGUGAGCUUGCAAACCCGAAUGAGGUCAGCAGCCCGCGGGAACUCACUGCUGGUCCCGGCCAUGCAGCGCUGCAAGCAAGCAGAGGGCCUCAGCAGCUGCAGGGGGCUCAGGCUGCAGAGUCCAGGCGAGCCAGUGUCUCCUCACUGGUGGAGGUUGCAGCGCUCCCUGCUGAUCAAGAGAAACCACGGGACCCAAGGCUGGCAAGUCUGGCCAGUAGGACUGAAACAAAAGGGAAGGAACAGGUCCCAAAAGACAGCAGUCGGUUAGCCCAGAGCAAUCCAGGAUCAACGUCACAACAGUGUCUGGACGUGACCUCAGCUUCCAGGGAUCAGAUUUCCAGAACAGAAACUUCUAAGAAGCCCCAGCAAACAAUGGGACAAUGUGACACGCCUUCCAUGUUGCCUUAUGCAGCUCAGCAGGAGGGUGACAGGAAAGCUCCUUUACCAAAAGACAAUUCAAAAGCCAUCAAUGAAGGAGGUCAAUGUAAUAGCAGUAAGGGGAACAAAGACUGUCGUGCUUUAACGAGGAGAACAUCAGAGCUGCCACCAGAGAACACAGACUCAAACAGUGCCAAGCGAAGAAAGACCUUUCACUGACUUCUAGUACCUUCAAUAAUGGCUCGCUACUGAAAGUCUCUUCCCAAGUUUCUAUCUAGCAAAGAAUGUAUUUUAAAAUAUUUGGUACAGCUCUGUUACAGUGAUACUACUACUGUCAGUAGAUCCAUCUUUUUUCACAUCCAGUCCCGAAUUGUGAAGGGGACUUCGUACCUGACAGUUAAUAGCUUUGAGCUGUUGAAGAGAGAAGUUGGGCAGCUGCAUUGCUUGGAAUGGCAGUGAAUUUUGUCAGCUAGGAAGUUAAGGUUGUAAAUGUUUAAUGAUGUAUAUUUGUACAGCAUACAAAAAUAUUUUAAGAUUUAACUUGGCAAAUAUAUAGCCUCUUGUUUCCUUGUGCAAAUGCAUAUUUCUUAGUGACGUAACUUUUUUUUAUGAAGAACAGGAGCAAAGCAAAAAAUAAGAAAUAAAGAUAAAACGAACGAAAAAAGUCCCCACACAAAAAAGGAAAAAAACAGCCAGAAUUCUUUUUUCCCUUUUGCACUAGUAAGUCUAAUUUAUUUAAUAGUGAAGAGUGAAUGUUGAAAAUGUGGUAACAAUGAGUCUUCCUCAUGUUCCACUAGUGCCUCAGGGAAGACUGAAGGCAGAUUUACAUUGGUUGAAUGGAGAUAAUUCUACUUAUUUUGUAUAUUUUAUUGCCUGUUUUUAUAGGAACAGAAGAGCUUUCAUUUAUACAAAUGUGCCUUGAGUUUUGCUCUCGCUGCUGCUCUGUCAGCUGGAAUCCUUUUCUUCUUGUAGCGGCAGCACGAACUGCAGAUUAAAGCCUAUGAGGUUUGUUUGGGCCCAGUGAGUCCUUGUGAUGAAUAAUCAACAGGACUGUGGAAUCUUAGUCAAAGAUCUAGUUAACACGUAUUGAUGAUGACACUUGAGUUUCUUUGGAUAGAGCUCUUGAAGAUCUACACAGGUAAAAAGGGCAAGCGGUUUAUUCUAGGUAUUACUGUAUUCUUUCCACAGUAUUGAUUUAAAAAAAAUAAAACCAGUAAAAUGGGGUGUGGGGGGAAAAAAACUAUUUUUAAGAAAGUCUUCCUCUCAUCAUUAACAUUUCAAAUAAAAGUGGAAUUAUUUCUCCUA